AUGAGUGCACAUUUCACUGAUUACCAGAGCUACGUGAUUCACAGCUGUGUGGUAGAUAACCCGACACUGGAGCGCUCCAUUGCCCUGUUCAACGGAAUCUCCCAUUGGGUCCAGCUUAUGGUGCUCAGCAAGCUGACCCCUCAGACACGAGCAGAGGUCAUCACCAAAUACAUCCAUGUGGCUCAGAAACUUCUCCAACUGCAGAACUUCAACACUCUGAUGGCUGUGAUUGGUGGACUGAGCCACAGCUCCAUUUCACGACUAAAGGAGACUCACUCUCAUCUGGUCCCUGAGGUUGUGAGGAUCUGGAGAGAAAUGACGGAGCUGGUCUCUUCCAGUAAUAACUACUCCUACUACCGUAAGGCCUUCAGUGAAUGCCACGGCUUCAAAAUUCCCAUCCUGGGCGUGCACCUCAAGGACCUGAUAGCAGUGAAUGCUGUCUUUCCUGACUGGGUUGACAAUAGCAACAAAGUGAACUUGGUGAAAAUGCAGCAGCUCUAUAUAACCUUCAAUGAGCUGGUGUCUUUGCAGAGUGCGGUGGCCCAAGUCGAACCCAACAUGGAUCUUAUAUAUCUGUUAACGCUAUCUUUAGACCUUUACUACACAGAAGAUGAGAUUUAUGAACUGUCAUUGCUGAGGGAACCACGUAACCCCAAAUCACUGCCAACAUCUCCAACAACACCCAACAAACCUCUGGUCCCUCUAGACUGGGCAUCAGGUGUGACUGCAAAACCAGAUCCCUCUGUGGUCAACAAACACAUCAGAAAAGUGGUGGAUUCUGUGUUCAGGAAUUACGACCAUGACCAUGAUGGGUAUAUCUCUCAAGAGGACUUUGAGAGCAUUGCUGCUAAUUUUCCCUUCCUGGACUCUUUCUGUGUUUUGGACAAAGAUCAAGACGGAUUGAUCAGUAAGGAUGAGAUGAUUGCAUAUUUCCUACGGGCUAACCCUCUCCUUCAGUGCAAGAUGGGUCCGGGCUUCAUCCACAACUUCCAGGAGAUGACGUACCUGAGGCCAACCUUCUGUGAACAUUGUGCUGGAUUUCUCUGGGGAAUCAUCAAACAGGGCUACAAAUGCAAAGAUUGUGGUGUCAACUGUCAUAAGCAAUGCCGGGAGCUGCUCGUGCUGGCAUGUCGUAAGCUCGUCUGCUCAGGUUCACCAGGCAGCAUUUCUCCUGCAAGACUGACCCACAGCUCGCUACCGAGCAGCCCAGCGCUGGCCACGUGCAAAGAUGAGGAUGAAGUGUUCGAGUUCCCCUCCGUGACAUCAGCAGGUCCAGUUCUGGACAGCCGGUCCAUCACCUUAAUGACCGGCUCAGCUCAGAGAAUCUCUGUGCGCCUGCAGAGGGCCACCAUCAGCCAGGCCACCCAGACGGAGCUGCUCUGGACCGAACACAGUUGGGGUGACACAGGCGUUAGCUCCCACACCUUUCCAAAAAUGAAGCACCACACUCACCGGAAGGCCUCUAAAAAUAAAGGCUUUGCCCACUGGGAAAACUACAAUGAUGGACAAAACCAGGGGGUCUCAUCCCAAGGCAGACCAGAUUUCAAGAAGUCAAAUGUCUCGAAAGAGCUUGUACAGAAUGGAAUUACAGAUAGACCAAAGCAUAGCUGACUUUGUGGUGCAGACCUGUCUCGGUGCUCCAGACAACAACUGGUGACUCGGACCAGGAAGCUCCUUUCUCUGCAGGACGUGCUCAGUUGCCUGGCGUCUCCCUCUGCUGACCUGGAGCUAUCGUGCCCACUCUGGCAUGGAUCUGGUCACAGCUACUCUUGGAGUAUCUGCAGCUGCGCAAAAGGACAAUGUGUGUUGAGUCGCUGAAAGACCACCAGAGGGCCCAUUGUGGAAUACAAUGAAAGGCACCUUCAGUCAGUGCCACCUGUGCAUCAGUCUAGUCUGACACUGAAUGUAAAUAAUGUGACAUCCAGGUGUGAGUUUUCCUCGAGAAUGUGACAUGAACAGUGAUUCGUCCCAGUUACUAGCCAGUACCAGUUACUUCAGAAACACCAGCAUUAAAAUCCAAUGAAACAUAGACAAGAUCUAGAAGUUUACUCUUCACCAAGUGGACUUUUUGUUGGUCUUCAAAACUUUGUGCUGCUCCUUCAACUGACUUCUUCAAAAGACUGAAGAUCAAUGCUGUUAGUUUUCUGUGAUGCAAAGGUAAAUGUGUUGGCCCACCAUCUGAAGGCACAGACAAUAAAUGGAAAAACACCAUGCCAUCUUGCUGAGGCAGCUAUCAAGACUAGAGGCCCAGGAAAGCUGAUAAAGAUGUUUUUGUUUCAUCAGGUCAAUGCCCUCGCUCACACAUUGGUAGUUGCCAUAGUUACUGCGUAUGACUGACUUCCAGAUGAUUAAUGAACUAAUUUCUUUAGGCUUUUCCAGUUUUUGCUUGGGGUCACCAAAGAGAGUUCUGUAUGUUUAUUUGGCACAAGCUUUACACCAGAUACUUUUACUGAUCUAACCUCAGACAUAGAUAAUUCAGCAUGUGUGGCCUUGAACUGGGGACCUUCUAGUUUGGAGACAAGCAUGCUCAUCACUUGCACCACCAUGCUGCCCAUUAACCACAUCAUAUACUUUACUGAUUUAGCACUAUCUUACUUUCACCACUUUUUAAAAUAUUUGGCUGAAAAAACAUCAGCAUGAUGAUGGUGUGUCUGUUAUUUCAGAAUGAAAGCUUCUGCAUCAAGGUGAUGCAAGCAUCGCAACACCAUUGGACCUCAAAGCAUAUGUUGAAGAACAGCCCACACAUAUUCUCAUCAUACAGAUACUUCCCCAAUUCCAAUGAAGUUGAGACAUUGUGUAAAAUGUAAAUAAAAACAGAAUAUAAUGAUUUUCAAAUCCUCUUCAACCUAUAUUCAAU